GCCGUUUCUAAGACACGCUUCGCUCGCGAUCAACACAUACUAAUGAUAACUGUGUUACGACAGUAUGGACGACUCCUCCGGAACCAAAGCAGCAAUUACAUUGGCUUUAAUCGCUGAAUAUUUCUAUUAUAUUCUGACGUAGCUACAUGGAAUGACGACAGGGUAAAUCUCACUUCAGAGAAACUACAUUUGCAGCUGUCAUUGUGUACAGGUUGAGCUGUCACGGGAAUCUUUCAACUCAGAUGGGUCAGGCACUGUGGAGGCUCCCACCCAGACAACAGCAGCAGCUUCAAGAAGAACUUGUCGGCCGGCUUUCUAACACGGGGGGAGCAAGGCGAGAGCAAGGGAGGGAUGAGCGGCCACUGAGAAGAGUUCCACAGCAUUGUUAUGGCCCUGACAUAUACCAUUUGCUGAAAACACGCAGAGGAGGUAAAGAGCAACAUGGUUUUAUAGAUUUGGAGAUGCUCCCACCAGAGUUAGGCAUAACCAUACUGUCAUACCUGAAUGCCACUGAUCUGUGUCUGGCCGGGUGCGUGUGGCAGGACCUGGGAAAUGAUGAAUACCUCUGGCAGGGGCUCUGUAAGUCCACAUGGGGUCACUGCUCCAUCUACAACAGAAGGCUGCCUGCUGGUUUCUCAUAUAGAAGACUAUAUCUACAGCUAGAUGAAGGCAGCCUCACAUUCAACGCAAACCCGCAGGAGGGUAUCGGUUAUUUCAUGUCCAAGGGCAUACUCGUGGAUCACCCCACGGAGCUGGCCAAGUUCAUCUUCUACACCCGACGGCUAAACUGGAAGAUGCUGAGGAUUUACCUGGAUGAGAGGCGGGAUGUUUUGGAUGAGCUGGUGACCCUCCAUAACUUCAGCAAUCAGUUCUUACCAAAUGCUCUGAGGGAUUUCUUCAGACACAUUCACGCGCCGGAGGAGAGAGGAGAGUAUCUGGAAACGCUCAUCACCAAAUUUAGCCACCGGUUUUGUACCUGCAACCCUGGGCUCGUGCGUGAGCUGGGUCUCAGCCCCGACGCCGUGUACGUGCUGUGCUACAGUCUGAUCCUGCUGUCCAUCGAUCUAACCAGUCCUCACGUCAAAAACAAAAUGUCAAAGAGGGAGUUCAUCAGGAACACUCGCAGAGCGGCGCAUAACGUCUCGGAUGAUUUUGUGGGUCAUCUUUACGACAACAUAUACCUGAUCGGACACGUGGCGGCGUAGCUCCAUGAACCCCCCCCCCCCCCCCCCGCCGCAAUGCGACUCUGAAAUGUUAUGGAAAAUUGUGAAGAAAAAAACCUUUUGAGAAGCAUAACAACAACGGACUUUGUAGAUGAUUUAGCACGGCAACGUGGGAGAGACUACGCUACCGAAUGUUUUUAGAUUGAUUUUUAAAAUAUGUACACAUACGAAGGCAGCGGAGGAUGCUUUAAAUUGAAACUAUAAAGACGAGCUCUGGUACUGCACUGACGCCUAGUACUACUAAAGCCGCGGAAGGACGAGUCCACAGACUGUCAGACACGGGGGACGGUCUUUCCUUUUCAAUGCUGACUGCUUCCUAAAAGGACGAUUGAGAAUAUAACUCACUAAUAUGACUUAGUACAAGCGGGUAUGAUGGGAUCAGUUGUCCUUAGGUUGGUACUGGAAUGAUGACAUCACAGUAUAUACAGUAGGGAAAGUAUUUGAUCCCUGCAGAUUUUGUAGGGUACAUUUUUAUGGUAGGUUUAUUAUAAUAAAGCGACAGAAUGUAAAAAAAAACAACUUUAUUACAUUAUAAAUGAAUAUGAAUUUGAUUGGCGGCACGGCGGUCUGGUGGUUAGUGCGCAGACCUCACAGCUAGGAGACCAGGGUUCGGUCCCCGCCCUCGGCCAUCUCUGUGUGGAGUUUGCAUGUUCUCCCCGUGCAUGCGUGGGUUUUCUCCGGGUACUCCGGUUUCCUCCCACAUUCCAAAAACAUGCUAGGUUAAUUAGCGACUCCAAAUUGUCCAUAGGUAUGAAUGUGAGUGUGAAUGGUUGUUUGUCUAUAUGUGCCCUGUGAUUGGCUGGCGACCAGUCCAGGGUGUACCCCGCCUCUCGCCCGAAGACAGCUGGGAUAGGCUCCAGCACCCCCCGCGACCCUCGUGAGGAAAAAGCGGUAGAAAAUGAAUGAAUGAAUGAAUGAAUGAAUUUGAUUGACGGGACUAAGUAUUUGAUCCCGUAUCAACCAGCAAGCAUUCUGACACAUGACAUUAUAUGGUAUGUCCAUGAAGUACAUAAUUAGUACUGUCCCGUUUGGAAAGUACCCCUAAUGUCAACUCAUUAUGCGGAUAAAGGACACCUUUUCCAUUCAAAGAGGAAAAAAAAAGACCUCAGUGACAUGAUCAUCCACCUGCACACGCCUGGAACGGAGUACAAGAACAUCAGCCAGAAGCUUGUUGAGAAGAUCUGAAUGACUCAGACAAGACUUGGGAGAAUGUGUUGUGGUUACGUGAGACCAAAGUUGACCCCUUUGGCAUCAAGUGGACUGGAGGCAGCAAAAUGGUGAAUAUGAGCCCCGCAACGCCGUGAAACAUUCUGCUUCGGAGAUGUUUCCUCAGCCAAAAUCCCUCCUGGGAUGCGUGCAAGCCAAACAACCACAACAAACAUCUGACCUCUCUUCUUCCAAGUUCUCGUUGAUGUUUAUUUCAUGUUUUGGACCGUGCACGAUCCCUUAAGAAAUCAACACUUCUACUCUGUUGGAAUUCAUGUUCCGCCUCCAUGAACCACAGCUUGGCAGCACUCGUGCCUCUACCACCGUCAUGUUUGAUUGUAGGCAAGACACGGAAGAGAAAUGAUGGAUUUGCACUCAACUAUUCUGCCAUACAAGCUGUACACUGACUAAGUGUUCACUUUGUACUCACUAGUACGCGCGAGUACACGUUUUGAAGAAAUUUGAACUUGGGUGAGUUCCACAACGUAGCCUUUUAGUCGCUGCACUGACAAAUUUAGAUAAUAGGCUGCACGUUGUCCUAGUGGUGAGCAUGUUGGCCUCAACGUCGGGACAUCGGGGGUUCAGAUAGCAGUGUGUGUGGGGGGGGUUCUCCUACAUCCGUAUGGUUAUCUGUAUAGUUGCAUAUACAGGCUCAUUUUGGGUUCUAGAUGGGAGUUUUACCUUGACGUGUUGCGACUGUCACUCGCAGGCUUCCUCAGAAAUGUCACCCGCUGUUGCUGGUCAGGUGAUAAUUGAAACCCGUCAAGGUAAAUUCCAUGUAAUGUAAUUUAAAAAUAAUGUCUGAUUCUAAAAUCCAGUCCAGGGUUUACCUCAGCUCACUUUUAUGAAUAUGUAUAGAAAAUGAAUGUAUAGAUGGGAUUUUGUUCAUUACUACAACAACCUACAGAGGGAAAAUCGGGAACAAGCUAUUAAUAUAGUAUAUAUUGAAGCACUGAAUACAAGGAAAGCAUAGAUUCAUAAUGGACAAAGUGUAAUAAUACACGUUGACAGAUGUAAAGCUACUUGAUCAUGAAGGCUUUUAUUACUUCCAACCGUUGGAUGACAGUUGUAUGAGGCUCUGGUCCAUAAUAUACAUCAUAAAAUAACCCUGAAUUCAGCCUCUGAAUUAAUUUUUAAAAUAGCAAUUUCUGUAAUCCGGUUCCAUGACAGACUUUGCACCUUGAAUGUUAACUAACACCUUUGUUAGGGCAACACUACAUUGGAAAGUAUUUUAUUUCUAUACAUAACAAAUAUAUAUAUUGAUCGUUUCAAGCCCAGAUAUGGUUUGGAAGACCCUUCAUAAGAAUUAGGACUUUUUAAUAGCAAAUUAAUGUAGAUCGGGAGUGUCCAAACCUUUUCCAGAGAGGGUCACAUACUGAACAAUUUAAAGAUGCCGGGUGCCAUUUUGAUAUUUGUUGUAGUUAUAUUUCAUGGAAAAAAAAAACAGGUAUCAUUUUAUGUAGUUUAUUUUUCUCAUUACUGUUGUGUGUGGGGUUUUUAUUUGGUUAUUGCAUAUUUAGAAUAUACCAAGGGCCAAUUAAAAAAAAAAAUUGGACACCCGUGACAUUUAACAUGAGGCAACCAGUGAAUUAUUAAUGAAUGUUUUAUUGACACUAAAGAUUGAUUUUUGAAAUGACCAUUUCUUCAUUGUCUACCUUCAUCAUUUGCUUGUAAAUUCAUUCAUUUUGUCACUUUGUCACACGGAUGAAGGAUAGCGUAGUUUCCUUGGUGUUUUGAAUGCUUUGUAAGUGGAUUUCAUCACCGAUGCUUAACGUAUUAAAAGUUUGCUACCAUGUUUGGCCGAGACAUGUAGCUAUGAAGAAACUGUGGUGGAAAGAACUUGUUGAUUUUUUAAACUAGAAAAAUGCAUGCACUGUGAAUGGACCAGCAGAUAAGUUGCAAAUGGCCCUGAGGCCAGAUUUUGGACACCCCUGACGUAGUCGAGAAUACAAACCAAUACAACACUUGGCUGCUUCUUUUCAAUUCUAAAGAUAUAAAAACAGAAACAAGAGGCAGCUAAGAAUGAUCUAAUAAAAAGGCCAACAACGCUCCAGUUCCAUAAUGUGACCUGCAUAUUAAUAUUAACCAAGCUACAAUGACAUUAUUAUUAUUAUUAUUAUUAUUACACUGAAGAACUACGUUAGUGGCAUAGUGACACCUUGCCACAUCACACCGGCUAGCUGAAGAUAAUGAGUUGACGCUAGGCGUGGUUACUAAAACUAUUGUCAUUUUGUGUAGCAUAUUGUAAAAUGUUACCAAACCAUAAACUUUGUUGGAGGUGUUUUAAUAGCAGGCCACUUUUUAACUGUUUUUAUAGCUUUAGAAGAGAAAAAGACACAAAUGUUCAUGUCUCACAAAAGGAUGAUGGGCUAAAUUCCACAAAAAGUGCAGUUUUCCUUUAAAUAUAUAAAGAAAAAGUACAAGUAAAAAGUAAAAGUGUUCAAGAAGAGUCAAUAUAAAUACAAUAUAAAUAUAAAUAUAUCAAUAUAAUAUACAAAAUAUGGACAAUAUCGGCAAAAAAGCCAAUAUCGGACAUUUCUAUAAAAUACUAUACAGUCCUUUGACUUAUCCUCGUUUAACUCACAACAUAACGAGUUAAACGUGAAAGUUAAAAUUAUUAAACUAAAUUAUUUACAAAAAGACUGAUGUCAUAUACACUGUAAAAAAUGAAACAAAAGCACAAUCUAUAAAAAAAAGUAAAAUAAAUUAAUAAAAAAAUAAAAAUUAAUAAAAUAAAUAAAACUUAAAUUAUAUUGGGAAAGCAGGAAGUGAACAAAUGUAAGAGUUAGUGAUUACCAGAUGGAGGGUUAGGAUUUAAUAAGCUUUGCUUCUUCCUACUCCUUUGGACAUGUAAUCUAAUUGUAAUCUGAUGCAUGUUCAAAUGAAAUAAAACCAUUACCAUUACCAUUACCAUUACCAUUACCAUUACCAUUACCAUAUUUAUAAAAUAGAAAAGCAUUGUGAACUGCAGCAUUGUCGUGUUGAAAAUAACAAUCUUUACCGCACAGAUGGGGGCUUUCAGUCAUGAGGGAUGUCCCCUGCAACCUCUCCACAUAACCUUCUGCCGUUUGACGCCCCUGCACAACCUGAAGCUCCAUUGUUGCAAGGGAAACGCACCCCAAAUCUGUGCCUUGUGGGAUCUCCUUGUCAUGCCAGUAACCUUGGAAGCCAUCAGGACCGUCAAGCUU